AUGCCAGGCGUCAGGGCGAGCGAGCAUGUCCGAGCAAGGGGCUUCCAAAGCGCCUCGACGAGAUCUGCUGCAGACUGCCGCCAACCGAAGCCGACGACCGCGGUGCCAGAGGGCUGGUCCACCGCCACAGCGCUCUCGAUGCUUUGCGGCAGUGCAAGCAGCUGCAUGCACAGGCACGGCGGCUCCUCGCCUGAGCGCGCUGCUGCGGCCCGCGCUUGCGAAACAAACCUGGACCCUGACAACCGGCUCUCUCUUGCCGCGGAAUGCACUACUCGAGCCUCCUCGCCCAGGAGCGCACCGCACCUCCCACGCUUAACCUUGGGCCUAAGCGCUAGCCGACACGCACCUCGGUGCCUCAGCCACUCCUGCACUCUUGGACUACCCUGCCGUUGGCAAAAUGCUCGUCCGCUGAUCGCCCACCCAUCAUCGCCUUACGCGCCCUGCAUCUUUGGAUGCUCUUUCCGCCCGUCAAACAUUGCCGCUUCGAAUCGCAAGCACGGCGAUCAAGCCUCUCAGUGGCUUGUCUCCGGGAUCUCGUCCAAAUCUGCUCGGCUGCUUCGGAUGAUCGCUGUGCGAUCGCUGCGCUUGCCCCCUUGCUGUGGCGCAAACGGACAGCGCCAGGUCUCACUCCAUGCCGCUCCUCCAUCCCUGCGUUCCCCUGCCUUGUCCUCGCCUCGCCCUAGUCGACAAGCGCAUUCUACAUCCAUGCGUAUCCUUGCCUCGAGCUUGUCCCACUACCGAACACGGCCCCUGGCUUCUUGGGCGUUCUCUGCAUCGCAAAUCUUGCGACAAUGGCAAAACGUGCCCAGUAUUGGUCGCCGCGGUAUCGAAUCCGCCAAGGCGCCCUGUGCGGCUGCAGGUCGCUGA